UGGAUAUAACGCUGAAAAUAAUCCACAGGCUCCAUUAAACUGGACAGCAAAAAGGAGUUGGUGGAUUUGUUUGUUAUCAAGAGAUGAAAGGUCCGAAGCGACGUGGAUGCGGGAGAUAACUCUUUCUGAACACGACGGGUAAACAAUGCCCCGUCCAACUGUCCUCGCUCAGCACUUCAGAGCGUUGAGCAAGUGCACGGUUUCAAACUGUCCACAGAUCAACACCAGUAUCAGAAGCGCUUUCGAUCAAAGUGCCAGAAAAACACCAUUGCCUGCACACUUAGCAUUGAUGAUGAGUACGCAUGUAAAGGGAGGAGAUCGAUGUGGAGAUGAGGAUUGCAAAGAGCUUGUCCGAGUGUUUCACGAUAAAUCUAACAAGCAGUUCUUCAUUGACCUGUCACCACAUGCCAAGGCAAUUCUGCAGUAUAAGACUGAGGGUCAACACAGAGUCAACUUGUUUAACACUGAGGUGCCAAAAGAGUUCCAGAAACGGGGCAUUGCAGGACGGCUGGCUAAGGUAGUUUUGGACCAUUUUUCAGCCAACAAAACCUACAUGAGACUCAGCUGUAGCUACUUGCAGAAUUAUGUCCACCGGUGCCCACAAUCACAACACAUGAAGUGGAUUCUCAGGAAGGAUGGGAGCACACCUUGUUAACAAAGUUUGCUGUUUGUUCCCACCUGGUGGUGUCCUGACAGUCUAACCUUAUUUAUUGUACAGAUUCUAGCAUAGAUGGACAGUAUAAAACCUGUUUUUCUCCUUAUCAUGGGCUAUUCAUAUGUAAUAGAAAGAAAAAGAGAUAUUCAAUUUUGAACCAUGUUGGUGCUGCUAUUUAAGUCACUUAUUCUGCUUUUCAAAUCCAUAAGAAUGUUUUUUUGCUUAGCAAAACAUUAAAUGCAAUAUCCAUCUGGACA